AUGUCCAGCUCAGCCACCCUGCCUCUCAGUGCUGGGGCCACAGCCCCAGAUGCCCUGUCCCUUCUGCAUCAGAGGCUGAUGUUGGCUGAGGAGGAGGCUGAAGCUCUAAUUCAAGACAUGGGUGCACUGGGUGUGUCCAGGGACCAAAUCUUGGGAUCUGCAGAGAGAAUGGGCGCCACUCAAGGGCCUGUAAGUCCUCUGAAGAUGCGUCGGGUCCUUGGGGAUGAGGGCAGGCUGUGGCAUCAGUGUGACUCUCUAAUGAGCCGGGUGUGUCGCAUGGAAAGUCUCCUACAGGCCCUCAAACUCACCAUCUUCCGCCUUGAGACUGAGAGAGAGCUGGAUCCAUCUCACUCAGCUCAUCUGAAGCAGCAGCUGGCAGCGCUGCAGCAGCACAGUGAGGAGGAGCAUCAGGCCUCCAGGAGGGAGGUGAUGAAGCUCAGGGACCAGCUUCAGCAGGCUUAUCAAGAGAGAGAUGAAGCCCGAGCGGAGGCUCAGAGGCUGGGGGCCAUAGUGGAGGCGGCCACUGCUGCCAAGAUGGAUGUGGCUUUGGCUGCAAAGGAGCUGAAGACUGUCAAAGUAGAGAUGAGUCACAAAUUGAUGGAGAUGAAAGAGCAGAUGAGGCAGGAGUCCGCCCGUUCCGCUGAGGCCAUGAAGUCUCACAGCGAGCUGCUCCAGCAGUUGGAGGAGAUGGAGAGAGUGGUGGAGAUGGAGAGGCGACAGGCUCUGCUGCUGCAGUCGGAGUGCCAGGCCUUGCAUGUGGAGGUCCAGACUGGCCGGCAGCAACUGGAGGAAGAAAAAGACAGAGGCAGACAGCUGGAGGAACACUGUCAGCAGCUCAAGGAACAGACAGCAAUGAAGGACUCCCUUGUGUCUGAGUUGAAAACUGAACUGAAAAGUGUUCUUCCAGCCCUUCAGAGACAGCAGACAGAAAACAUCAGACUGCUGAAGGAGGGCAGAGAGCUGAGAGCUGCUGCAGACAGAGUCCAGACCCUGAAUAAGCAGCUGCAAAGUCAGUGUUCCCAGCUCAGUUCUGCCCUGCGUUCACUCACAGAGGAGAAUGAAAACCAGCAGGCCAGCUUAAAGGCUGAGAGGAGUCAUGCAGUCAAGCAAAUUGAAGAGCAGGACCUGCUGCUGGAGGCAGCCAGACGCAACAUUCAGACUGAGCUGCAGGUGGCACUGACACAUAAAGUUAAUCUGCAGCUGGAGCUAGAGAAGCUCAAGGGUGAACAUGCACAGCUCCUGCAGAACUCCUCCAUUGCACAAGAGACAGCGGUCACUCAGAGGGAACUAUUGGAGCGAACCAUUGCGAGGCUACGGGGGGAGCUGAGCAAGGCCAAAAAAGAGGAGCAAGCAAUGAGGAAAGACCUGGAAGGUUCUAAAAAUGAGUUAUGUCUUGUUGUCACUAAGCUGGAGGAUGAGAAAAGAGGCCUGGAGACCCAACUUAGUGAGGCCAAGCGGGAGGUGGGACAUCUGAGCUCGGCCUUACAGUGCCAGCAGGAUGAGAACAGGAGGAUCAUGGGAAAGGUUGCGGCUUUAGAUCAUCAACAGGUGAACCAGAUGCUGAAGGACCUAAAUGACAAGAACAAGCCGGCCUAUGACAAAGGGAAAGUCAUGAUCAGUGAGCUGGAGGGAGUCUGUGGUCCUGCAGGGGGUGUUGUCAGUCAGACCCUUGAAAACAUCCUGGCCUCCCAUACCAGACUCCAACUCAGCGGUCAGACCCUGCAGCAGGAGAUGGGGGGGCGAGAGCAGGAGCUGGCCACACUCAAGAAGGACAGGUUCCAGGCUCAGACAGAGAUCAGGAAACACCAAGUAGAGGUGGAGAAACUCCAGCGACUCCUGACAUCAACUCAUGCCAAGAACAACAGAGCUCUGGGGUCUGUACAGAAGGCCUUGGAUAGAGCCAAAGUGGACAACAGGAGGCUGGCUCAGAGCGUGGAGCAGGCUGUGUUGACCAACAGCAGUUUACACAGGAAACUGGAGCAGGCCAGAGAGCAACACCAGGCCACCAUCACACUGAGAGAUGAGGAGCUACGCAAGGCUCGGACAAAGAUCAGUGAUUUGUCUGAAGAGCUUGGUGCUGUAAAGCAACACACUCGGGGGGACUAUGAAUCUUCCAUGAAGACGCUGCAUAGAGAAAUGUCAGAGCUUAAAAUUACAAUUCAGGACUCGCCAAUUGGGUCAGGUGACCUUUCCAAGACCAAUCAGGAGCUCCGCCAACGAGUGUCUGAGCUGGAGUGGCAGGUGUCCAAACAGAAGGCAUGUAUCCGAGAGCAGAGGAGGCAGCUGAGGCAGCAACAGAAGAGCAGAGAUUUACAGGACAAGCCUCAGGUGGCUGAGAGGUUUGAAGAGCGCAUCAGGAAUCUGCAGAACAAGGAGGACAGGAAGCUCCAGGCGGUCAGGAUGGACUCUCAGCAGGUUUUACACAAACAGGAGGCAGAGUGGGAUAGGUGGACUUCCACCAUCCAAUGCUGGGAGGCCAAGAGAAGGCUGGCUCACAUUGCUGGAGGAUCCAAGCCUGCCAGGACACAGCUGAUAACACCACCGCACUGAUAAUAACCAACACAAUCACACACACACACACAAACACGGACAGACCAAAGCAACACGAGACAGUGAUCCUCUGUAUUUAUUCAAACAUUAAACGGUGACCAACAAAGAGGAAGAGAUAGCAGCCACAUGUGGAAUAGCAGCUGUAGAGUCACGUGUGUGUGUGUGUGAUGUCCUCCAUAUAUAUUGAUCAGAAUUUAAUGAUGGUCAAGAGGGUAACAUGCACUCUCA